GAUAUUUGGCUAUAUUCUCCCCGUGUUUCAUCUCCGCGACCCCUUUGUGCGCCUCCGCGAGCUCGUAGUCUGCUCCCCGAGCGCAGCUGCAAUCGAGACGGGCUUCAGGAGUGUCACGAAUCCGGAUUUCCCCAGCCCUCUGUCGGCUGUGAGGGUGGGGAAGACUGGGGAAAGGCUCUAAUUACAGACCAGUGUGGCUGAUCUACUCCACAGUAGGAGUAAUUAAAGCAGGACUCUUCUCCUGAGAGAAGCUGGCAGACUGAGAGAGACAAGCCAAUGAAAGCCAAGCCGGCGUCCAGCUCUGUCGUUUCAGCCUAGCUUUGCUGUCAUCCCUGCAUCCCUCAAACCAUCCGACGCAUCCGCUGACAUUAACAGCAAGAGAGAGUCCUGUCUGCACACCACCAGUCAGUUUCCUCCAGUGUUGGACUUUUCUGAUGGAUCAUCAUGUCUACCAAUAAUAACAUUGCCCAGGCCAGGAAACUGGUGGAACAGCUGAGGAUUGAGGCAGGGAUUGAGCGUAUUAAGGUGUCAAAAGCAGCAGCAGACCUGAUGAGUUACUGUGACCAGCACGCUCGUAGCGACCCACUGCUGGUUGGGGUUCCCACCUCUGAAAACCCUUUCAAGGACAAGAAACCCUGCAUCAUCCUAUAACUGCACCCUGCUUCUCCUGCCCCUCCCAACACACACACAUAUGCACAAACAGUUAAGGUCUAAAUUAUCACCCCCACACAAGAAUUUUGAAGCAUUUCCCCCAAAAUUUGACUUAGAUUUAACAUAUCAAAGCUUUGUUUUUUUAUCUUUAAAAUUUGAUUUGGACAGUGAUUUGUUUUUGUUUUUUAGUGCGAAACCUUUUCUUAAAACACUUUUUAAAAUUUUUAAUCUAAACCCCAACUCUAGGGACAAAAAGAUGGACGGUUGAUCUUUGACUUAACUUUCAAAUUAACUUUAAUUAUUAGUAAAACUUUACCUGGCCGUGCAAACCAGAAAAAAAGUCAAUCUAGAGAUCAAACUGUGGACAAACUCCUCUGGACUAAAAGAAACCCCUUUUAUGAAAAUACUGGUAUUUUCACUGUCUCUGGAAAGCAUACAAGGUCUCAUCACAGUAAAAAUACAAUACGGUUGAAAACAAACUAGGCCUGCAAGACAGACAUAGCUUCAAAGGUCAUCUUGUAAAAACACCAAAGUUUGUCACUUUUUUCACACCAUUUUUCUAGCAUGGAUGGUGGGAUAAUCUGGUGGAGGAAAUGUAUAGAAUUAAUCCGUAAAAACAAAGUAUUUUACCACCAAACGUUGAUCUUGAGGCAUUAGGCCUUUUUUUGUGCAUUGGAUCCUAAAAAACAGGAUAGUGUUCAUAUUUUGAGAAAUAAUCCCCCAAAAAACUGUUGCCAGCCUCACUUUAGGUUACACCUUAGAGUUUUAAAGAAAAUCUUGAUCCAAAACAAUUUACAGAAACAGAAAUCAAUAUACUGCAGUGAUCUGGUGGUGACACAACCAUCUGUAUUGGCGUAUAAAGUUUUAGGAUACAUUUGUCAACUUGUUAGAAUCAUUUUGGCUGUCUGAUAUCAGUUCUUGCACAAAUACAGUCAGUAGAAUUCUUUUCUUUGUUAAUUUGGAACCAAAUAAACCCUAAAGGCCUUCUGUGUCGUUGGGUUUUUUGGGAAAUGUGUAGAUUUUGUUGGAUUUGAUGAACAGCUGAUAAUUUUGACCUUAACUGUGUUGAUUCAUGCCUGAACAUACAUGUCUGAUUUCAUCUGAUAUCAAAAAGGAUCCCCAGUUUUUUAAUUUUUUCAAGCAGCCCUUUCUAAUUCCCUGAAUAGCCACUCCGGAAUUGUGCCAUACCCCAGAGUCGCAGCUAGGGGGCAGGUGUAUCUGUUGCUCACAGGGGUUUAGAUGACCAUUCAGAGUAUAGUCCAAGGUGCUUUGGUAAUAGUUAUAUGUGCUGGUGAACCACAGCUUGACUUGAAAGGGAUUUGGACUUUAUUAAUCAGCUGGAAACCAUUUUUUCUCCUUUAGUUGCCAUGAAAUGAGGGUCGAUGUUUGGCAUUGGCAGUGAAUAGAAGGGUGCAAGAUGGACACAAAAAUGAGUUUUGGGUGCAAGGCCAACUGUGCCAAAAAAAGAAAAAAAAAAGGAAACAAAAGACCUGGUGUCGCAUUUAAAGCUCAAAAAAUGCUACUUUUUCAUGGGAAUAUUAAAUCCAGUCUGACAGCUUUGUCCUUGGCUCAUUACAAGCAAGUGGCUAAAGCCUUUUGCCUUUCUCAGACUACAGCAUGUUCCUUGCCAAACCUGCAUCAACAGAUUUUCUCUGCCUGUGGCCUCACUAUGGCUGUCUGCAGCCUUUGGCCAAGCCUCCAGCUGUGCCAACCUGUACAAAAAGUCUCCUCUGGGUGCCGAUCCGCUGUCACCGAUGCCACUGCCGUUUAGGAUAGCUACGAUCGGGUCACAGUGAUGUUGGCUGACCUCAGAUCCGCAUCCACGAGGAGGAAACAGUGAACGGCAUGGCGCGUUUACUGCAUUUUUCUUAAAAAAAAAAAAAAAAAACCAACAACUUGUAUGUGAACUCUGUAUGUUUAGAUAUUUUGUUUAAGAAUUACUUACAGGAUAAGUUCAUACUGUACAUUUUUUAUCGUUUUUCUUUAACGUAAAGGUGUUACCCCUGGGUAAAACGUAUUACUUUUCUUGCUUUUGUUCGUAAAAUAACAAGAGGUCAGAGUCAGGGCUAACACCCAACCUGACCUCCAACUAAAGGUUUCUACUGUACAUCGAACCUUCCUGUGCUUUACCCUGAGAGGGAGCGAGGUCACAGACUGACCACACUGGAGAAUCAACCUGCAAAGGCUGCGGGGAGAAAAUCUGAACCAACAAAGCGGCCAUUUUACUCAUAUUUCAAUCAUUUUACAUCAGUUUUGUAAGUCGAAGACAACUGAAAAUAGUCUGCAAAUGCGUGUCUACACAAUUUUAUUUACACCUAAUGACUCAAGCAGCAAAUUGAAUUACCCAGCCUUUAUGGAGGUGUUUCUCUCCCUGGUAUAAUGUGAGUCCACCCUGCAUCUGCAGGAGCUGGCAGCACCACCUCUGUGUUCUCCUCUCCUCCUCAACGCUCCUCCUCUCUUGACAAACCAAACUUGAUUGUAAAAACGGAAAAUGAAGAAGAAAAACAUGGCAUUAAGACAAAAAAAAACUGUAUAAACUUUCUUUCUGAUGUGCACAAGUGAUAAGUUGAAGAGUAGCCGUUAUUUUCUUUUUUUUUAAAUUAAUUUUUUGUUUCCUUUUUCUUAAGUCCAUAAAGCUUGGUUAGUUGAGUAUAAUUACCCUGUACAGUGUUUGUAUGAUACAAAACCUAAACACAGAACUCCCACCUGUGGAUGUUGGACUUUUUAGUAAUGCUUCUGUUUUGUCUGCCAGAAUGAAGUCUGUCCUCUUCUCUCUUUUCUUUUGUUUCACAUUUUUUUUUCUUUUUGUGUCACCGAGCGUUUGCUGUGCUGGAGGUGGGUUUUAGGCACAGAACAAUGUGACAACAAUGCAGUCGCAUGACUGACAAACACUUUGAUUAGGAUUGUUUCAAGUGGCAGAAAACCAGCCUCCUAAACUGUCCUUUAACACCACUCUGUGAAUGUGAGGGUGCAUGCAGGAGUGCUGAUUUUUUUUAAAGCACCAGGCAACAAGGACAACAUUGUACAUCUGUCAAACGGCUAAACUCUCAUCUUUAGGUGCUCUUUAUGCCUGAGGAGGGAUGAGAAGAAAGGCUUAAGAAAUUGCAGGUUCUCCGAGUGAUGCAGAAGAUUUAAAAAGGGGAUUUUUCUUUUUUUAGCAGCCAUGUUUGGAGUUGAGCAUUUAGCUGAGUCAGUGCAUGCAGUGACAAACCAAAGUGAGGUCAUUAGGUCAUGCUGAUCAAUGCUGUUGCUCUUCUGUUGCUAUGUCAACUCUGAUUUUUUCUUUUUUUGCUGUUACAAGCUGUGAGAUAAGAAGUUCCUCUGUGGCUCCUAAAAUCAUCAAAGCAAGAAGUGAGGAAAACUCAUCCUCCUAAUUUCCUAAUUGCCUCCAAAACAGCAGCUGGGAAAAGGUUGCAUUGAGGACUUGGGGGGGGGGGGGGGGGGAUGGUAUUUGGUAGCAGAUAAGUAGGAUUUGGCAGAGCAGUAGAAAACAGAGCAGGCAGAGCUUCCAGUAAUGUUACAGCUCCGCACUUCUGUGAUUUUUAGGUCAGGAUUGGUCUGACCAGGGCAAAGGUCACGCAGUACGACGAGCCUGUUUGGUCUCUGCUCCCAGUUUUUAUCAGUAACAGGGUCGAGUGAACUGUUUGGAAAAGAAAAAAUAUAAUCUGAUGUUUGCCAACAAAACAGUCACUGUUCAGAAAACAAAGAUUUUGUUAUAUAUUUUAAAAGAUGCUUAUAAGUUAUGCUGCUGACAACUUGACCUAAUUUGUAACUAUUAUGAAGAAAUCGAUUCCUUCAUCUACAGUUUAAUCGGUCGCAAUUAAAUCUGAAUUAUGCUGAGAAAAAAAAUUGGGGUUUAAAAAAAAAGUUGCGAGUUAAAAAAAACAAAAAGAACAGAAACUUGCACCUUCACAAAUUAAUUUAGUUAAUACAACUUAACAUUAUAACAGCCUGACAAUAUAAAAUCAACACAAUACUUCUGUUUUCCCACAAAUGCCUGGUUUGCUUUUUAGAAUGUUUUUUUUUCUGUUUUCCUUCAUUCCAUUCCUCUUUCAGCAACAAUCAAAGACGGCCAGCCUGGAUCACGGCUUUGGCUGACAGCUUUUCUGACGGAUUGGUUGUUAGUUUGCCAUAUGGUGGCGUAUGCUGUGUUAGUACUGGGCUUCGGAGCUAUCAGACCAACAAAAUGAAAAGUUUAUAGCUGAACAUUGGCUCCAUGUUGGAUAUCCACAUUGAGGGGACAGAGUGAGCCUGAUGCGUUUCAUUUCUGGCCUGGUGGGGAGAGCCGAGACUCCCCGCCGUCUGUCUUUCAUAUCAAACAUCACUGGGUUGGCUGGGAGCCAAUUAUGAGCGUCACCUUUUGCGUUCUGAUCUCCUGUGUAUGCAUACAGUAUAUGUAUCUUUAUUGCCUUGGUUGAUUAUGAAGAAGAUUUACCUAUUUUUUGUAACUGUUCUCUGAUGUGCCAUAACUCAUGUUUUCUUGCACACUGUUAAUAUUUUGUGGAUAUUGCUGUUAAAAAAAAAGAUGAUAUUGAGAAGUAGAUGACAUUAAUAAAAAGAUAACAUGAUACACAGA